AUGGGUCCCCCCCAAAAGCAUCAUCAUCGGCGGACGCACCGCCUUGAACAAGCGUUCGCAGAGAUGAAGGCAGACCGCACUGCUUCAUCGCAGGUGAAGCGCAAGACCACACAGAAGCUUGAGGAGCCUAACAUCUCGGAAAGCGUCCUUAAGCCUCGGGCUAGAGUUGUUCCAGUCAAAACACCAGAUGAUGAUCAUGAACAAGCAAAGGGGUCAUUGAUCAAGGUUGAGAAACCUGACCUUGAUAUGCUAGAUAGCCUUGAAGAUCAGAAGGCCGCUACUGGUGUUGAUCAAAAACCAUUGCCCGAGGAUAUCGAUAUGCCUUUGGCCCCGAAGAUCGACCCCACUGAGCCACACAUCAAGAUUGAGAAGCCUGAUCCUGAUUUGGCAACUCGUCUUGAAGACCAGAAAACAGCUACUAUUACAAAGGAAGAUCCAACCUGCGAGGAUACUGAGAUGUCAUUGGCCCCCAAAAUUGAUCCAACUGAGCCAUCAAUCAAGGCUGAAAAGCCUGACCCUGAUUUGGCAGCUAGUGUUAGGGAACGGAAUCCCGCUACUGGCGUGAAACCAGAUUCAUCUUGCAAGGAUACCGAGAUGCCAUUGGCCCCCAAAAUUGACCCAAAUGAAGCGACGGCCACUCCUGACCACUCCGACUCUAAGCGCAGUCUCGCGUCCUUCGAUUCCCAAGAUCUUUUAGAAGAGACACGUACCCAGAACUCCCCCGAUUCUCCGGACACAAAGCCAGAAGGCCAGCUCUACUACUGGAUUGCCAAAUUACCCAUGGAAGCUCUUCCAGUUGUAACCACUGUUUGGGGGAGCAUUCUAGACCUGUUACAACUGAAGCAUGAAAUGAACAAGGCUUUGGAUGUGGGUGAGGCCAUUGAAGAAAAGAAACAUUUCUACGAUACAUACCAGAAUGUUUCCGGGGAAAUUCAUCGACCAUCCGCCGGGCUUAGCGCAUCAUGUCUACAUUUACAUUUGCGGAUAGAAAGAAAAAAGUCGAAAAGACGAGAACACUACCACAAGAGCGCAGACCGAAUCAAAUCGUUAACGCGAGAGUACCAUCGAGAAUACUACCACAAGAACGCAGACCGAAUCAAAUCAAAAAGACGAGAAUACCGGCAGAAGAACGCAGAGAGAGUUAAGUUGAGAAAACAAGAACUAGAGCGUAAAAUGGAAGAAAAUCUGCCAAUGCAGAAGCCAAAGGCCUGGUUUAAGCAGGAAGCCACCCAUCUCAAGCAAGAGGUCUGGCUCAAACAGGAGGCCUAG